CGCGAGCACGGAGAACGCAGUACUGUCACAUUUCCCUGUUGUCAUCUGUGAAUUUCGUCUGCGCGAUCGAUAACACGAAUUGGCUAUUCGUAGUUACAGAGGUUGGAUACUUAUUGAGCCGUUUAUGGACGGAUAGUUAACAUUGGUGCUUCGAGUAGCAAAAUUUUCAUUGUAAAGUGUUAAAAUGGACGCGACCGGGGCGUACGGCGGCGGCAAGGCCGGGGGCGCCUUCGAUCCCCAGCAAUUCAUCCAGAGACCUCCCGUGAUUGUCAGGGCGGUUUGUUGGCUCUUCAGCGUGAUAGUGAUGGGCUGCAUAUCAGCCAAGGGUUGGCGCACAGGAGAGGACGGCAAGGAGCACUGCGUAUACAACGAUGACACGAACGCCUGCAACUAUGGCGUCGGCAUCUCCGUGAUCGCGUUCAUAGCUUCCAUCGGCUUCAUCGCUGGCGAGUACCUCUUCGAGCAAAUGUCUUCGGUGAAGACCAGGAAGCACUACGUACUGGCUGAUAUGGGAUUUUCUGCAUUCUGGGCGUUCCUAUACUUCGUCGGGUUCUGCUACCUGUCUAACGCGUGGGGCAAGACCGACAACCCUCCGGUGGGCACCGCCAACAACAUGCAGGGAGCCAUCGCCUUCUGUUUCUUCUCCAUCUUUGCUUGGGUGGCCUGUGCAUUCUUCGCGUUCCAGCGGUUCCGUGUGGGCGCUGACGCGGCGUUCGCGCCGGCGUACGAGGUAGAGGGCGCUGUGGGCAGCCCCGGCGCCUUCCCCGCGUACCCGUCCGCCCCCGACCCGCAGCCCGCCUACAGCGACCCGCCAUUCUCGCAGACACAUGCCUCUGGAAACAUCGACUACACGGCCCCAACCUACUAAGCUGUAUCGGCACGGGAAUGAAUAGAACAUUAUCAAGUUUAUUUGCAAACACAACACUACUGGGCGUAAGUAAUAAUAAUUCAUUAUUACUACAACACCUUCAAUAAAUAAUACCUAUAAAAUAAAACCAAUGAAAAACGAUUAAUUCGUUGUAUUUAGUCGAUUUUUCGUCACUCGAUCAUUAAAAUCGAUACCAACUUUAGUGAAAUAUAAAUAACCAAAGAUUUAAACAGUUCUGCUUUAUAUUAAGAUCUAUUUUAUUAGUGAGUGGAGUUCUAUGGAUUAUAGAUUAUUUUGGGCAAUCAUAUAUAUUUUUUAUGGCAACAAAAGUAUUACUGGUUACAUUUCCAAUUGACUAACUAUUCAAAUUUUAAACUAAACAAAUAAUAAUCUAGAAAAUGACCAGUAAAUAAAUGAAUAUUUGCUGGACCGUUCUCAAUAAUUCAUGAAAUUAUAAAAAAAGUCUCGCUCACUAAUAAAAUAGGGUUUAAAAACAAAUGUAUGUAAUUAUUAAAAAAUAUUUCAGUGAUAGCAAUCAUGUCCAUUUAUUUUAAUGAAGCUUAUUUUUCUAUUUAUUUGUUAAGCGUAGUUAUAAUCAGUCAUUAAUACAUUUACUAUAAUAAUACCAAAGUUGAUGUAUAUUAUAAUCAGAUAAUACUAAAAUAUAUAAAUAUUUAUUCAAAUAUAUAAACGUGUUUUGCUUCACAGUACCUGCUUGUAGGUAUAUCUUGACAAUAUUCACGUGUAUAAUGUUAUAACAUCGUAUUAUAUUGUAAAUAUCAAUGUAUGUACUCUAAACAGAUUUAUAAAUAUAAUAAAAAAUAUUCCAAGGUCUCAAGCGACGUCAUAAUAAUUAGAAUGUAAUAAUUUUUAAUUAAAUUCUCGGUAAAUUAAUAUAGUAUAGCGUUUCCUAGUCUUGUAACUGCGAUAAAAAGACAAUGUUUCAAUAGUUGUAAAAAAAGAACUAUUUUUUUCUGUUUGUACUCGAUGGUGCUGCCAUCUAGUCGUUUGAGGCCGCAACUCAGUGAUAUUUUAUUUAAAAUCUCAUUUUUUUCACUAUAAUAUCAUUGUGCCAUGUCUUUGAAAUUUAUUGAAAGUUUAUUUUUAUAGUGAAAUGUUAUUUUUUUCUAAAGAACCAUGUUCAUUACCUCAUUCUAGCUAUGUCGUAUAGGAAAUACAAGUUAUAUAUUACCUAUUUAUAUUUAAGAGCAAUCCUGGAAUCAUUGUGGUUACUACAACUAGAUAUAAAAUAUGUUCAAACAAAAGAUAUUACUCUUAUGAAUCUCAAAAUUGUGAAAAAAUAUUACAAGCACCAUUAUAAUAAACUCAAACCAAAAUGAUACCUAUGUCUAUAGUAUUAAGGACCUAUAUAAUACAUAAUAUACAAUUCUAGUAACUAUCCCUGUUUGACGUACAAAUAGUAUCUACCUACAAAAUACCUAAUGUGCUUGGAGAAAUGUUAAAAAUCUCAUUACUUAUGUAAAACUAUAAAUGUAUUAUUAUAAAUGCCCAUCAUAAUAAUAGCAGUUAAUAUAAAGUGUUACCUAUUUUAUUAGAUACAAAAAUAGGUUUUUGAUGUGGGUAGCUCUAUCUAUCUCACACUCCCUAGUCUUAUUAUAAUUUCCAGAAAACUAGGGGCCUUUUAAAGGUUUCCAAUCGUCAUUAAAAAAAAAUAUGUUCUAUCUGACUUUGAAUGAUGUUAAUGCAUAUUUAAAAAAAAACAUUGAAAGUAUUGUAACUUUCAAGAAUGUCUUGCUUUGGACUGGAUCUUCUUUUUGUGAUGAAACUUUCAUGAAAUUGAGAUUUUCUUUUCAGAAAACUGUAUUGAAAUAAGCACUAACAUCUUUCAAAAAACUGCCAAGUUGGGUAAUUUUAAUUUCAAGUCUAAGAAUGUUUAUUUUCACACUAUCUCUUAAAGUAAAUGUCUCUGAGUACCACAAAAUGUAAACUAAACGAUCCAAUAUACAUUCAGUAUUAAUACAUAGAUUAUAUCAUAUACCUAUGUAUAACUAAGCGCUUUACCCAAGGUCAUAGUAUUUUUUUAAUAUAAAAAGAAUAUAUUCUAGUAAAUGCUAUCUUAUUACUAUUAGACUACUAAAUAUAUAAUUUCUGGGCACAUUUUUAUUAUUACUCUUGCAUAUUUUUAGUAAACUUACUAUAAUUGCUAAGCUGUCGAUGUAAUUUGAGCUCUUUUAGAGUGCUUUAAGGUCUAAAAUUGAGUACAAAACAGUUGACCCCGGGGUGAAUAAUUGAAAUGUGUCCUGUAGGACUUUGAGGAGUCGGCUUGCUGAUAGUUUGAUGUUUAAAUAAUGGAAUAUUAUCUGUGAGUGUGGUUGUUGUACUCACUAUGUGUAGGAAAGUACUUAUGUGUGGAAAUGGUGUUCUAUUAUAUAAUAUACCUAUUAAAUAUUAUAUCAAUUGACAGAUAUAUCUCAUCAAAAUGUAUUUCAUUUAAUAUUGCAUUGUAAUGCGAUGUUAGUAUUCAUAUUUGUAAUGAAUUAGGGUGUUAAAUGUGUGCAAUAAUGGUUCUAAACAAUAUAUAUUUUCGAAUAUAUAUAAAUGGAUAUUAGCGUGAUAUUUAUCGACGUUGACUUCAUAUGUCAGCAAGCCUGUAGGUGUCUUUAUCACUUCCAUAGCUUGCACUAUUGUUUAUAAAUAAAAUCUUAGCAAUAAAUCUGUAUUCAAAUGUAUUCGUCAUUCAAAAAAGUAUUUAUUCACCGUUAAUGUUGGCAACACUUGAAUUUUUUACGCUUGCAAGCUUUAACGAGUGGUGAGUACAUUUGAAAUGUGUAAUGUUCAUAUCAGUCUUAUGUGUUAAGGGCAUCGUAGUAUGUAUUUAAAUACAUUUCAGUCAAGGUAUGUAUUUUAGUAAUAUAGAAAAUAUUGUAUUUAAAGCUUUAUCAUGUCUACGUAGGAACGAAAUUACCAAAACAAAAUAUUAAUAAACCUGUGACUUAUAAAGUGUUUUACAUGAAAAAAAUAUAAGAUGUAUUGGCACCCCUAUUAUAAAACAUUGGUAGCCAAAUAGCCCAAACAAUUUUAAAUGGAUUUCUUUUUAGAAAAUUCUAAAAUAAAUGCCCUUCAAGCACAUGAUUGAUAGAAGAAAUAUUAAUACUUUAUAUAAAAUAAAAAAAUGUUAUAAAUGUUUACAAAACUGCUGAAAUGUAAACAUUCUGUACACUAUACGUAGAUAAAUUUAGCCGUAGAUAUCUUGUAUGUUGGUUAGUAUGUUCAGAAGAUAAUAAAAAAAUCUACUAAACAUUAAAAAAAAUAUCGUAAUAAGUGUUGAGUAUUUUAAUGCUAAAGUCGUUCAGUGUUCGGUAAAAUAAUGUUAAGAGCGUAUGUAAAGAGGUUUCUUGUCGAUUUUAUUUUUUUAUUGCGUUUUAUUCUUUGUACUUAUCUAUAUUUGAGUUAUGUACCAAAGCUAUACCUAUUUUUGAAAGAGAUGAGGUGCAGAAGGUGCAUUUGCUUUGAAUGUUUUUGAUCUCAGCUUUAUAAAAAAGUACCUACUUGUAUCUUGUAUUUUUUCAUAGAAAACUAUUACAGAAUAGUUAUUUACCGUAACUAAACGAAACUAUUUAAAUGAAAGAGGUUCUCAAUACCUACCCUCAAUUUAUAUUUUAUGAAUAUAUUAUAUAAACAAUUCUGCAUGUCAUCUCAAAAUUAAGACAUUCUAUGUAUUCAUUUAUGUUUACGUUCUGUGUACAUUUUGUGUAUAAAUAUCGUAUUGAACUACGUGUUAAUAGAACUUUAAAAAACCUAACCUUUUUGUUGGAAAUUAAAACAAAAUAAAAAAAUUGCUGUUUGGAUCUAGACAGGUUUAGGUAAUGGGAUUGAACAGUUUCAAAGACAGUCAGUUUAUUCUAAAAUGAACUUUAAGUAAGAAAAUGAACAAGAUACCUAGCCAAGAUACCUAAGUAGGUAGGUACCUAACUCUCAAAUUCUCAACCUAUCUAUACAUACAUAUAGGUAAACUGUACAAUACAAUGUCAAACGUAAUAGGUAUGUAUGCAUUUUCAUAUUCAAUCCAAACAUCCAUACAUUAAUAGGUACAUUUUAUCGGAACCAAUAUCACUCGUAAAUAAUUGCGAUAAUUUUACGAUAACAAAACGCAUAAUUGAAAUAUUUUAUCGUGAAAUACAGUGACCCGAUUUUUCUUAUCAAAGAUGGAUUGAUAACGACGUCACAUGUUUGGAAUGUAGGUCCGAAAAGAAAGUUAUUGUUAUCAAAAAAACGAUCUAAAUCGCUUAUAUAUAGUUAGGUACCUAAAUAUAUAUAAAAAACUAAGUGUUAUGCUUGGUUUUGUCCUCAUGAUGUGAAAGAAAGAUAAGGAUAAAACAUACUUUUACCAAUAAUAUUUUAUGUAGCCUGAAAAGCAUCACGAAAAAUAAUACCUAUACCUAAAGUUUAGCAAGAAAGAGUCACUUUCUUGCUCGACUUGACUGGGCACGCUACCGUGCCCCCAGUUAGGUAUGUGUAACCAAUCAUUAUUAUAGAAUUUUGUUUUCGUAAAAAAUCUCCAAACGCACAAACCAAGAUGAGUUCAAUUCGAUAUUUAUAUACAUAAUGUACCACUUUCUUUGUAUGUAUGUAUGUUACUAAUGUUUUCGAUGUUCGAUAAUAAUGUGCAAAUGGUAAAUAAAAAUUAAUUGGAUUAAUAGAAA